AUGAAAGGCCUAACUUUUCGCUUUCUCGUUUUUUUUCUUUUCUUUUAUAUGAACAAUUAUAAUUUGUCAUAUGGUCAAACGUGCACAUCGGAGAUAUGCCAAAAGUGCUGUCAUCCUACAAAUGAUGGGUGUGAAAAUAAUUUUUAUAAAACUAUAAGAGGAAAUUAUUAUACCGAUAGAACAUAUUGCCAACAGUGUGAUUGUAAAAAUCCGGAAAGAGGCUGUGGAUGGAUAGCUCAAAAAUAUGAAAAAGUAAACUGUACCAGCUGUAUGUUUCUUAAACAUGCUUCAAUUAAAAUAAAAUAUUUUGAUACCUGUGGUUGUGGUCAUAAACUAAAACAUGGAACUUUAAAAAUUAACAUUUAA